GCCCGAGCUGAACAUGUACAAGGUGGUCAUCUUGUCCAUUGUCGGCAGCAUCCUCAGUAUCCUCACCGUGGCAGGCAACGUGAUGGUGAUGAUCAGUUUCAAGAUUGACAAGCAACUGCAGACCAUCAGCAACUACUUCCUCUUCUCCCUCGCCAUUGCUGAUUUCGCCAUCGGCCUCAUCUCCAUGCCGCUCUUCACGGUCACCACGCUCCUGGGCUAUUGGCCGCUCGGGCCCUACAUCUGCGACACGUGGCUGGCGCUUGACUACCUCGCCUCGAACGCCUCCGUGCUCAACUUGCUCAUCAUCAGCUUCGAUCGCUACUUCAGCGUCACGCGGCCACUCACAUAUCGGGCGAAGCGCACAACAACGCGCGCCGCGAUUAUGAUCGCUGCCGCGUGGGGCAUCAGCCUGCUGCUGUGGCCGCCGUGGAUCUACAGCUGGCCAUACAUCGAGGGCAAGCGAACGGUACCGCAGAAUGAGUGCUACAUUCAGUUCAUCGAAACCAAUCACUACAUCACUUUCGGCACCGCCAUUGCCGCCUUCUACGUGCCAGUCACAGUCAUGUGUUUCCUGUACUAUCGCAUCUGGCGGGAGACCAAGAAGCGCCAGAAGGAUCUACCCAAUCUGCAGGCGGGCAAGAAGGACUCCUCCAAGAGGUCAAAUUCCAGUGAUGAAAAUACGGCCGUAAAUCAUUCAGGAGGCAUGACUGUGGCUCAGUUGGCCACGACUGAGGCCGAAGGAUGGCGGCGGCCGCGAUCGGAAUCGUCGGCGGACGCCGAGAGUGUCUACAUGACGAAUCCUGGGCUUUCGGAUGGAACAUACACACACGGCGCCCUCUCGCGGCGAUCAAGCACGGCCACGAGUGCGGUUCCCAGCAAACCGACGAGCUGUCUUGGCAGCAUAAAGGAAUGGUGCAUCGCGUGGUGGCAUUCGGGUCGCGAAGACUCGGAAGACUAUGGAUACGAGGCUGAGGAUCCAUCAGAUUUAGGGUGCACAUCUCUGAAUGUCAUCCGGGACCCAUACGCGCCGGCUCGGCCGGGUCUCGUGGCAGUAAUUCCCGACGUGUCUCCCACGCCUUUGCGACCAACGGCGCCCGUUUCUCAGCUCCAGGAGCUGCAGGGGGCCCGUGAUUCGCGCUCUCUGCCCACACCUAAUCGCCUGGGCUCGCGCUCAGUGAGCCAAGACAGCGUGUACACGAUCCUCAUCCGACUGCCGCCAGACGGCGGCCAGGGUGAUGAGAAAGCGCCCUCAAUCAAGAUGAUCCAGGACGACGUGCCCCUGCCGCUGGUCGGCGGGCCGCCGCGGCGUCCUCUGCCGUCGCGUGACUCGGAGUACAGCCUGCCGCUGGGCAGGCGCGCCAGUCACGCCACAGACGUGCGCAUUCCGCUAAAUGCGAAGAUCAUCCCCAAGACGCUUACGGCCACAAAACCAGCGCCGGCGCCACGGGCAGUGAAGAAGAAGAAGAAGUCGCAGGAGAAGCGCCAGGAGACAAAGGCCGCUAAGACGCUGAGCGCCAUUUUGCUCAGUUUCAUCAUCACAUGGACGCCGUAUAAUAUUCUCGUGCUGCUGAAACCGCUCACGGCCUGUACCAAGUGCAUCCCGCAGGAGUUGUGGGACUUCUUCUACGCCCUGUGCUACAUCAACUCCACCAUCAAUCCCGUGUGCUAUGCUCUGUGCAACGCCUCCUUCCGACGGACCUACGUUCGCAUCCUCACCUGCAAGUGGCACACGAGGAACCGCGAAGCCAUGACGCGCGGCGUCUACAACUGA